CAGAAGCGGGCAGACGGAGGUCGCUCCGCGGUCUCCACCCCUUCAGCGCUGCGCUCGCUAAGAGCGUGCGGGGAGAGGACGCGAGCGGCUGUGCCAGCUGCGUUCCGAGCUCGGGCCCCGCUGCUGCUUCUCCUCCAAGCGCCGGGCGUCCCCGCCGCGCUCAGUCCGAAGUCGGCCACCAUGGAGGCGCAGGCACGAGGUUUGUUGGAGACUGAACCACUGCAAGGAAGAGAUGAAGACACAGUAGCCAGUGCUGACUUCCCUAGCAUGCUCUCUGAGGAGGAAAAAGAAGAGUUAAAGGCAGAACUAGUUCAGCUAGAAGAUGAAAUUACAACAUUACGACAAGUUUUAUCAGCGAAAGAAAGGCGCCUGGUUGAGAUAAAACAAAAACUCGGCAUGAACUUGAUGAAUGAAUUAAAACAGAACUUCAGCAGAAGCUGGCAUGACGUGCAGACUACUACUGCCUACAAGAAAACACAUGAAACUCUGAGUCACGCAGGGCAGAAGGCAACUGCAGCUUUCAGCAACGUUGGGACGGCCAUCAGCAAGAAGUUUGGAGACAUGAGGAAUUCUCCUACUUUCAAAUCAUUUGAGGAGAGGGUUGAGACAACUGUCACAAGCCUUAAGACGAAAGUAGGCGGGACGAACCACGGCGGAGGCAGCUUCGAGGAGGUGCUGAGCUCCACGGCCCAAGCCAGCGCGCAGAGCUCGGCAGGCGGUCCCCGGCGGGCCGAGGGGGAGGAGCUGCAGUGCUAGGGCCCCGCCCGCGCCCGCAGCCGCCUCCAGGGACCCUGCCCUGCCCGCGCGCAUCCGGAUUUGAAGACCAGAAUCCCACUGGAAGACCUAGGCCUUGACCUUGUUCUUCAAAUGGCUUCUCCUGAAAGUUUAAUUAAAUGAUUUCCACUUGAAUUUGUGUUGAUGAUGGACCACGUGACCAUCACACUUUAGUAUUCAUAGAUUGUCAUCUUUUAAAAUGUCGGCUUCAGCAGGUACACAGUUGGUCACGACUCUUGUUUUUUGUGUACGUCAACAUAUUUUCCAAACAUGUAGCUAUUAAUUAUUUGCUUUGAUUUUUGCUUGGACUCCUGUACGAAGUGCAUGUCUUUGAAGGCUCAGUGCCCCCUUUCAGUUCUGUCCACAGGAUGGAGCUCUUUCUGACCGUCUCUAGCAGUGAAUGGGAUGACACUGAGAAUUUCAUCAAACUGCUUCCGAUCUCCCUCGCCUACUUUAA